GCCAAAAGGGUUCAAAGGCUCUCUUUUACUACUAAACUUAAAGGUCUUACAAGUUGUGGUUUAGAUGGAUAGUUACACUGCACGCAUAACUUGAAUGCUACUCGGCCUGUUAGCUGCUUUUUCUCAAUGUAAUUGUGAAGGAAAUGCUAUUUCUGACGCAGACUACAAAACACUGGUGUCCCUGUGCAUCGCUAUAAUACUCCUGUUUAGCGCCUGGCUAGUUAUUCUCGUUGAGGUCUUAAUUUAUUCCUGCCGUCACCACUUAAGGAAAAACAGAAAUGUCGUGAGCCAUGCAGACCAGCUAGAUGCGUCAGAGAUGACUCAGUGGGACUCGGCACCAGAGGCCGUUCUGGUGCAAUCGCACAAGAUGCCAGUUUUGACAGGAUGCAAUAAGUCCAUCCAGACUGAGUUCCUUCUGAAUAAGGCCCUAGUGGCGCCAGAGAGACCCUCGCACCGCCUUCCUCCCAUCAACAUAUUUGAAAAUUCAGACGUUCAGUAAUUUGUUGAGUUCUAAAUAAUUCAAAAAUCAAUACAGUUAGAGCCGACAAGCUCCGUUUUAUGCAAAUCCUCGUUCAGCUUUCGUGAAGAUUCUGAUUUUGAUUAUCCAAUCAAAGAAUAACGCGAUUACUUAAGUGCACACCGAACGUUCUCACGCUAGUAUGGCGAAAUCAUUUUUGGUAACGUCGAGCCGGUUCAGCCAGGGCUACGAGACCAAUAUGCCAUAUUCGUAUUCUCGGUAUUGGACUGGCACUAGCUUGCGAUGAAGGCUUCUGCCGGGAAUAUCAUUAAAAAAAAGAUCAAGACCCCCGCAUUAGCCUCAGUUGCAAGCUAGUCCCAGUCCAAUACCGAGAAAGCGAAUAUGGUUUAUUCCCUGUCUAUCGCCAUCAUCUGGUUCUUGUUUCCUCGACCGAAUCCGACUGCUACCCAUUCCCCUAUUUAUACAUUUUUGGGGGAGAGAGGAUUGUAUAGCGGCUCUCAGUUUCGCUUCCAAUCUUUUGUCACUUCAAAAACACAUAAAUAAAUAGACGACUCAGCGACCCAAUACGAACAAAAGGUGGCUCUAGAAGACAGACGAUUUCACGGGCUAGAUUCUUGGACUCGGAUAUUCACUACUUCAACGCCGGUUUCCCUCCCGAAAAUGCGCAAUUGUGAAUCUCUACCUAAAACUGUUUGAUUACAGCACCCGCAGGCAUUCUAUAAACGUAUGGAUGUCACUUCUAGCUAGAACUUUUACCUAAAUUCCCUAUGUUAAAAUCUGAUGAUGUUCCAUCAUGUCGCGCAUCAAACAAUGUUCACAUAUGGGACGACAGCGACGAGUCAAUUUUUCUCUUUCACUUGAUUUCCGGAGGUACACCCGGAAGCCAAGUCGCAGAGAGGAGAAAGUUGGGAGACCGGUCUAAAGCAGUUAACACAGAGUUUUGUUUUAUAACUUUUUUUU